AUCCAUCUGGUCUAAGAGAAGCUAGUGAGAGAUCACAAAGGAAAAAGAAAGUUAAAUAAAGAAAAAGACACCCCCAUUUCCUAGCUACAAGGCGCAGAUUUCUUCCCAACUACUCAUCAAUAAAAACACCUACAAAUACCUCCUCAUUAUCAUAUAUUGUAUAGCAUUCCCACCACCACCUCUCUCUCUCUCGCCCCCUCCUCCUCCUCCUCCUCCUCCUCUACCUAAUUGGAUAUCUGAAAUUCUUCUGGGAGGCAUAAUUAAGCUAGCUAGCUGGCUAGCUUGUUCAUUCUUCUUCUUCUUCUUCUUCAUCAGUUCAUCAGUACCAAGAUGGAUCUGAGACCAGCUGGUAUUGGAGGAAUUACCCAGAAAGAAGAACAACAUUUUCAUGUCUUGGCAGUAGACGAUAGCCUUCUUGACAGAAAGCUCUUGGAGAGGCUCCUCACUGUAUCUUCGUACCAAGUGACUUGUGUGGAUUCUGGAGACAAAGCUUUGGAAUACUUGGGAUUGCUCAACAGCAAGGAGAAUAUUAAUGCUGAAUCCAUUGAAACGAGUUCUUCUUCAUCGACAUCGUCAUCAUCAUCAUCUUCUUCUUCUUGUACUGCAACAUCUUCACCUGAUCAACCUCCACAACAAGAGGUAUCAAAAGUCAACUUGAUCAUCACAGAUUAUAGCAUGCCAGGGAUGAGUGGCUAUGAUUUGCUGAGAAGGGUUAAGGGUUCUACUUGGAAAGAUAUACCAGUUGUGGUAAUGUCAUCAGAGAAUGUACCUUCCAGAAUCAGCAUGUGCUUGGAAGGAGGAGCAGAGGAGUUCUUACUAAAACCGGUCCAGUUAUCGGAUAUGAGGAAGCUUCAGUCUCAUCUGCUGAAGCCUUUCAGCCAUUCAUGUGAAGAUCUCGACGUGAAUAUGGAUGAAAAUGCUGAUAAUGAUGAGAACAACAACAAUAAUAACAACAAUGAUAAGAGUAGCAAUACCAAUAACGCCAACAAGAGGAAGGGAAUGUCUCGUGAAUGCUCGGAGAGGAGACCCAAAAUGAAAGAACUAGCAGUGGUUUAACUAAUCCAACAUUCUUUUUGGGGUUUUCAUUUUAAGGUAAGGGAAUCGCCUAUGUUGGCAAGUACAUUCGGUGGGGUUUGGGUCCAGAUCGUCAAGUCAUGAUAGCAUGUGCAGAGCUUUCCCGAACACAGGGUCCUGGGUGUAGUUUUUGUUUGUCAGGAUAACUCCUUUAUGUUUUUGAAAGCGACACGUGUUAUAUGGUCGCAGGUUGUUUUAUGAUGAAUGUAGUUGCACAGGGUCUUAACCCGAGUAUUCAUGUGCUCGGUUAUGUAAAGGUGUUUAUGA